GAGUUGCCUCUCUGGCAGACGAUUGGGCACACUAUUACCAUGAACCAGGCGCGAGCCCAAGCGCAAGCAGUUCGGGUUGUGUCGAACACGUGGGCCCGCGACUCGCACGACUUGUUCGAUUUCGAGGCCACAGACCUGCACAGGAAGACUUUCACCGCCUUGAGGCAGUCGAUCUUCGUGCGCAGCGGUACCGACGUCCAGAUGAUGAGUGACCCGCUCUUGCAGCUAGCCCCGUCGUGCGACCCUCUCUUGAGGUUGGCACAAAGGGACGGCGCGUUUUGGGUGGACCGCGCCAAUCACUCGGGCAACAAAAAGCUUUGGCUAGUGGUCCGGGACAUGCCUGGCAGCGUCCACCAUCUGAACGAGGGCGACGUCAUCAAGCUCGGCCGUUUCAAGUUCCGCGUGCGCCAGCUCGUUGGCGCCGGCAAUACGCAGCCCGAGCUGAAGCUUGACGAAUCUGGCACGGUGUGCUCUGUGAACCCAGAGGGAGAAACAGAACUUGCGCAAACACUCUGCCGCAUCUGCUUACUUGAAGGACCAGGUGAGGGCGAUCCCUUGAUUACGCCAUGCCAGUGCAAGGGCUCCAUCGAAUACGUCCACCUCGGUUGCUUGCGGCAUUGGAUCCGAGGGCGCCUGAACCUCUCGGACUCAUCGGGCGGCUCCUACUUCUACCGGCCUCUGCCGUGCGAGCUUUGCAAGGCCGUCUACCCGACUUACAUGCAGAACCAUGAAAAUCCGUCGGAGACGAUGCCGCUGGUGGAGGUGCCUUGGACGCAGCCGCCAUUUAUUGUGCUGGAGAACAUGGUCCGCGACUCUCAGCAGCAUGCUUGCCGCGGUCUGCACGUCAUCUCGUUGGCGGAGAAGGUGCUGAAGCUGGGACGAGGCCACGAGAGUGACGUGCGUAUCGCAGAUGUGUCGAUCUCCCGCUGCCAUGCCAUGAUCCGGUUUCAGCUGGGCCGCUUCCAGCUGGAGGACAAUAACUCGAAGUUCGGCACGCUGGUGGCCAUGAAGAAACCCCGACUCCUUGAGCCAGGCCAGGGCAUGUCCAUCCAGAUGGGCCGCACGGUGCUUUCCCUGUUGGCCCACGCCGACCUCGAGGCGAUCGAGGCGCCCACGCCGCUCCGCCGCAGCCUGUCCAACGGGGCGGCGGACGAGCGCCAGCUCCGCCUGGCGCUCCUCGGCCGCGGCGCCGGCGCACGCCCCGACGGGUGGGGCACCGAGCAGCCCGGCGAGGCGGCCCAGGUGCAGCGCGAGACAGAUGAGCUGUUCUGA